AAAACAGUAUCUCGAUAAGCUGCAUUCGAAUAUAAAGACCGAAAACUUGGGAGGAACGAUGCAACAUUUGAGUAUUGGAACAAAUUAUAAGAAAAGAACCAAAUAUCGCUACCUGAUUCAUUUAAUCGGCUACUGAUUAUGCAUUCUGCUAAGCUCGUGCAACUAAGCUUGUUUCCAUAAAAAGUUGCCUGCACACCUAAAGUGCAUUGGAUAUCUUUCUCUACCCCGUAAUUGCAUAAAAUACCUACCUACAUUAGUGUUUCAUUUGUAGUCCAAACCGUCAUGCUACACGACCCCAAAAAAGUUUUUUUUUGUUAUUUGAGCGUUUUUGUGUUAUUUUUGCCUCGUAGUUUUUUUUCCUGAAUGUCUUAUCGUCCGCACUUUGUCCCUGAUACAUCAAUGCAUCUGCAGUUAGAUCAAGACGGUCCAACUGUAGGUAAUGAGUCAUCCCACAGCGAAUCUCCAGGAUCGCACCUCAGCGCAGCUUUGGUCGUCCUCAGAAGAGCUCAUAUGAAUUGUUAUUGGAUCUCGGAUCGUGUAAAGUGCAACUCUAGGCUCUAGCCGUCCCUUAGUGGAUCAUUUUCGACCAUCCCUCAGAGCAGCUCAGGUAGUCCCUCAGUGCAACUUUGGUUUUCCCUCAUGGCAGCUCAGAAUAACCUGCAUCCCAGACCGUCAUGCAGAUGAGACCGCCCCUCAGCAACCCUCAGACCGUCCUAGUUUUGCAGCUCCUCUUGUCCAGUGUAUUCGUGUGAACGCGGUGCCGCUGAUCGCCGACUGUUUCCGCUGUGCACAGCUCUGGCUGUGUCACUGUCCCCCUGUCCCCCAUGCCCGCUGUCCCCCAUGCCCGCGGUCCACAGCUCUGGCUGUGUCCCUGUCUCGCUAACAGCCGCCUGUUCCGCCUCAUUCGCAGCGCUGGCCGCCCUAGCCACGGCUCAGAGCGGCUACAGCUACGGCGCCCCGCCCACCACGGCCAAGCCCGGCUACGACUACCAGGAGCCGAGCGACCCGUUCGGUGCCGGCAACAACCCCGGCGGCGCUGUGGUCAAGCCGUCCGCUGAGGAGGACCACCACCACGGCUCGUCGGACCCGCUGCAGUGGCUGCGUGACGCCGUGCCCGGGGAGCCCGGAGUCGACUACCCGAUCUACGCCACCAUCCCGCCCACCGGCUUCACCUGCGACGGACGCAUUGCCGGUUACUACGCCGAUGUGGAGGCCGGCUGCCAGCCGUUCCACGUGUGCAGCCCCGUGCCCGGCGGCGAGGCCAUGAAGCUCUCCUUCCUCUGCCCCAACGGCACCAUCUUCAACCAGGAGGGCUUCGCGUGUCAGUGGUGGAACGAGGUGGACUGCGACAGUGCCGAGCAGUUCUACUCCAAGAACGAGGAGAUCGGCGUGGUGCCCGACUCGGCCGCCAGCAACAACGUCGGCAGCGUGGUGAACGGGCCGGCCAGCGAGCAGAACCAGUACCAGCCCCCGCAGACCACCCCGCGGCCCCAGUACCAGCCCCCGCAGACCACCCCGCGGCCCCAGUACCAGGCCCCGCAGACCUCGCGCCCCCGCCCGCAGCCGCAGCCUAGCCGUCCCCGCCCCCAGCCCGUGCGCCCGCAGCCGCAGCCCAGCCGCCCCCGUCCCCAGCCCGUGCGUCCCCAGCCGCAGCCCAGCCGCCCCCGUCCCCAGCCCGUGCGCCCGCAGCCGCAGCCCAGCCGCCCCCGUCCCCAGCCCGUGCGCCCGGUGCCCAACCAGUACAUCCCGCCGACGACCACCACGACGACGCUGCGCCCGCCGCCGGGUCUCUACAACCUGCCGCGCAACUGAGCAGCCGAGGACCAGCCGAGUGCCAGGCCGCUGAGGCCGCCCUAUUUAUCGGAGUGAGUGUGAGCGUGAGUGAGCGAGUUCUGUAUGCCAGUGGUGUUCAUGGUGUGUGAGACUGAGCGGCGGAACGGCAGGAGCAGCGGUGCCUUCUGUCUCUGUCAGCGCGACCGCCCAAGGCGGAGCUGAAACUCAGCGAGUGAUGCGUCUUUCUUCUUUUGUGUAGUGCUCGUUUAGGCUUGUCUAGUCAUAAGCAUCGAACGGUAGCGCUUAUGGUUGGACUUGUCAGUGUUCAACGUCAUGUGUGUGUCAUUUCAUAAACCAGGUCGGAACAAAUACAUGAUAUUUAGCAUAAUAUAAAAA